GCUGCGAGGAGGGGUUCGUGAGUUUGAGCGCGAAAACGGCGGUUGGUGCUCGACUACUCCCGCGAGUUGCCACCAGCGACUUCACUGCGACCACCACCACCACACACCACCACACAUCACCACACAAUCAUUACUACUUCCACUAACUACUACUACUGCUGUGCAAGAGACAGACACACCUCCCCCCCCCGUCUAGCCUGAAGAGACUUUCUCGGGGCAAGUGCUGUUGGCGAACACCCACGAAGGCCGUCACGGCACACGAGGGCGUGGGUGGGUGGGUGGUGAGCACCAACGCCCAGCCGCCUUUGUCUUCACCAGUGGCGAUGUUUACACAUCGCACCAGGUACUCAUUUGAGGCCGAGUCGACCGAAGGGAAGCCCCUGGAGCGGUUCGGAUAAUCGUCACCGGUGUUGGCCGUGAGCGGGAAUCGAACUCGGGUCGCCAGCAGGGUGUUUUGCAAGGACUGUACCAACAAGUCGGAAGGUGCUUCGGGAACAACGAACGAAAUAUCAGAUGGCGGAGCUCGAGAAAGCGUUGGCUUAUUUAAAAGAACCUGAAGAUAAGAACCGGAUGCUGCUAAAUUUCCAUCUCGCCAUUGUGGAAGCUGCAGCAAGACGGCAUGGCCUGGAGCCUCACGAUCUGCAGGAGCUGCUCAUCACAGCCCUUUCUUCAAAAUACAGUCUUCUAGUGAAAUCUAAGAUGGUGAAAUGUCUUAUCCCGUCAUCCGUGGUUUUGGGCAGCACUCCAGCCAUUAUCAUCUCAUGGAUGUGCACAUUAAGCUCCACAAACCACGUGCAGGCAUGGCUACUGCGGUGGCUGGUCAUGGUGUUUGACCUGAUUGAGGAGAAGGAGACACUGCACCUCCUUUAUGGGAUGAUAUUCAACUUCGUGCGAUACGAGAAGCUGAGCUCCUAUGCAUGUCACCUACUGUACCUGCUGACACGCAGAGAAGAUGUGAAACUCUUUCGUGUUCAGUUGCUUCUGUCCAUCCACACAAAAAUGGGCUUGAAGGACUCUCCAGCCCCUCACUUCCUGGGCCUCUUGUCUUUAUUCAAGGCCUACUGUCCCACGCUCAUGUCCCUCUCACUGCCAACUCGCAGCAGGCAAUAUUUCCGUAGUGAAGACAAAAACUGGAUCUCAAGCCUUAAGCUGGUGCAGAACAAAAACAAAACGACAGCCGCACACAGUGACUUCUCGACGGCUGGGCUGUACUGCAGUCCGCCCGCUCAGAAGGCUGUGGGGAGGAAGCGUACUCGCACCGGAGUCAUCCCUAAUUUGGCCAGCUCAGAGCUCACCAGCACCAACAGAUACCAGAUGGAUGACGGCACAAGUACAGAUAACGCCCCAACAUCAUGUCUGCUCAUCAGGACCCUGCCGGACCUUCUCAACAACAUUCACAAUCUGGAGUUUCCAGCACAAAUGGCCUCUGUGCUGUCGUCCCCCAUUCUCAUCUCCUUCCUGAGCUGUGCCAUGGACCCCGUAUCCCAGAACCGCAUCGACUUCUGGCUCUCAAACACCCUGGAGGAAGAGUUUCUUUACUGCGAGGAGGAGGACACAGAGGACACCCUGCAGCGCAAGGCAGCAUUCCUGAACUGCAUAGUUCACACGCAGGAGAUGCUUAAGGAGGGUUUCUCGAGUGUCUCCUACUUCCUGACAUCGUGGCUGUCGGUCUGGGACGGUGAGACUUUACAGCCACAGACGUUAAAGCUUCUCACCCGUCUGAACCUGCAGGACAGCAGUGAGCUGUUAGAGUGUUUCCUGAAGCCUCUGUCCCUGACGUUCAUCUCUUCAUGUGUCUAUUUCAAGUGCGCCAUCAUAGAGAGCCUUCACCGGCUGCUCAUCAACCUGCUGAUGGUCAAGCAGACGCAAGCGGAGACGGAGGUCAACGCUGUUGGCCCGACAGAGCAGCCUACCUUGGCCAAUGGUGAAUUUAACACCAGGCAUGCCAUCCACCAGCUGGUGAAUUUCAUCAAUGAACUGGCCACAGCUGCCCUCCAGCAGGAGAUGUACAACUGCCUGCUCAUGCACUGCAUUCUCGACUUCUACCAGACGGUGGUGAAGGUUUACAGCAUCGGCAAUCUGCCCAUGGUGCUGGUAGCGCCUCGGGCCGUGGUUUACUCUGCCUUCCUGAGCGCGGACCAUUCCACUCUGGAUCGCCUUUGCCAUCUCCUCUGCAGUUAUCGGGAAGUCAUCACAGAGCUCAAGACAGUAAAGUCAUUGACGAGGCAGGACUUCAUCUGGAAAAAGGAGAGCAUCAAGGCGUACAACGAAUACGUGACGUGCAUCAUCAGCUGCCUGUGGAAGAGCUGUGCCUUUUCGGGCGACAGCACGUUUGGUAGGUUUGUGAACAAGAGCCAUUUCGAGGACGAGCCCAGUUACAUCGGCGAGCCCGGUCACAACAGCGGCUACAGCCUGAUCUACCACCCCGCGCUGCUGGGCAUGGCUCUACGCUUUAUCACACAGAAUGAGAUGCUUGUGGACCCAUCUGCUCUUAUUCAGAGACUCCACAAGAUUAAAGGAGCUGCCUGGGAGAACUACGUGGAUUUUCUCUGCACCCUGUACAUGAAGGGCCUGAAGAAUCUCAUUCAGUGCAGUGUCAAACGGGAGGGUCAUAUUUGGCCAUCGGAAGCACAGUAAACAAAUAAGUAACUCGUGUACAGCUUUACAAGGAAGAGCUCGAAGAAACAAUGAUUCAUGCAAUAUCUGGAUAUUACACUGGAACUCCAAAUUUGCAACACUUGCUAAUUUUCUAGCUGUGCCAAAAUCACUUGUUCCCGUUGUUAUCCUCGUGCCAAUGCAGAGUAAAAUCUGAAUGCUUUGAGUUCAUGGUCCCAGAGUUGCUCCCAUCAAGGCGUUUUCACCGAACCUGAAGUGACGGAUCAACGUCCAUGUUCCAUCUUGACUCUUAAGGGACAGAGGCAUCAUUAGUAACAUCUGAUAAAGAGCAAGGGUCCCACACGGUCUCCGUAGCAUCACUCACAUUCUCUGAAGCAAACCUCUACUUCUCUACACUUCGAUCUUCCAAUCUCUAGAGUAACAACAACUUCUGUACACUGUUCCAUUUGAUAGGAUCGUCAAAAGGUGCACAAAGAUGCAAGGAGUCUACAGAGAUAAAAAGUAGGUUCCAUGCCUGAGGGGGCCUCGGUCUCUUGGUGUCUUCGUGUAUUAAAACCCAAACGAAUUGUUCUAACAGACGAGGUGAGCCUGAAUGCUGCACACUCCCAUUGUACGCCAUGCCAGCUUGAGCUGUUCACAAGCAGCACUGCCAUUUAGCCUCGUGGGCUGUUGCGGCACCUAAUGUCUUUGUUUAAAAUUGUAUUAAGUAACAUGCCUGUUGCCUAAAUGAUGAUUGCAUGGUGGUGUAAUGAUGAUGUGGAAUAUAGCUAGUACUUAAUGUGAGAAAAUGGGAAAAUAUCUGUAAAUAUGUACAGGACCUGUAUUUUUCUAUAAAUAUAAAAAAGUAUGAUCUGCUAUUAGAUUCCUUUUAUUUUCCACAUGUGAAUAAUAUUAUUUAAUUGAUGUUAAUAUUUGGUCAUUCAUGUUUUUCACAGUGCCACUUAACAUUCAUCAGGCAGUGGGUCCGAUUGCUCAUUAAUGUGGGUUGUUGCUCAUGUCAGUUGGCAGCCCGGAGUCAGAAAAAACAUGGUAUGAACCAGUGCCUGUAAGAACCAAUUUGAUCGACCGUGGAGAGAUAAUGAACUAGGCUACUUGCGACUGGGGAUUAUAAUUCACCUUCAUUUAAUCACGUGCUCCGUUAAAGCAGCAAAUGUCACUCGCUGUAUUAAAGUCUGAUUUUACGACCUUGAAAAGAGUACUCUUGCCGCACUGAUGAGCAAAGUGAAUGGGACCACGUUUUCUGAGUUCACGUUUGGUUUUAAUUAGAAUACAAAUAAAUAUUCCAGAGCAACCUAGCUGGCCGUAAGUGGGUGGUAUUAAGACAACCCUGCUGAGGUCCUGGGUAACAAUUUAAUUUCAAAAUGGAUAUUACAUUUUGUUGAAAAAGAUGUACAAAUGUAGGAAAUGUCUUGGUAAUGGAGUUACAAGCCCAAUCCAGACAUACCUACUAGCAGCCAGUUGUCUGGCACAUUAAACACUUAAAUGCCAAACAACAUCCGUGCAGGUGGCACUGGCAGAGUGCCUGAUUCACAUUGGCAAGGGAUUAACGCUAGCCAUCUAAGCUCUGCGAUUCAGUAGCUGUGUUCAAUCAACACAGUUUCCCUCUUUGCAGACGGAUUCCUGCCAAAGGAAUGUGAAAUUUGCACGACUGGCUCAGGACUGCCGAUGGUGUUGAGCGUCACUGAAUUGUCACUUGAGCAAAGAGAUACCUGGACCCCAAAACACUCAAUGACAACUCAAAUUUCGAUAUAUUCUGCAAGUUUAUUUUUAUUGGGACUACUUAUUAAUACUUGCAUUUAUAUGUACCGUCUAGGCAUUUAUGCAUGUUUUUUUGUAAAAACGUGUAUCAUGAGAACCCGUAGUGGAAAACCAUAUUGUACAGAACCUCACCAAGCGUUUGUAAUGAAUUGAAUCGUGUUCCGUUAUGUAUUUCCACAGAAUAAAAUGGUAGCCUAUUGGACUUCCAUAUUUACGUUAACCGGCAGCAUGUUUAAAUACGUUAAUUGUGGACCCGUUAGCCAUCGACAGCAGCAGUUCCGUGUUAAUAGGGUGUUGAUGGUUUACCAGAUGGUAUUGGUAGAUGCACUAUUUCUAAACAGUUUGUUUUAAAAAAUAUUCCAUUAGACCUCAGCGCUUGGUCAGGUGAUGAUCCCCACAAGAGAGAAACUGGUCCAGGGUUCACAUGUUUGCCAAUAGGAAUGUAGAUUUUGGAAAUAACAUCUGAUAAACUGGUCAUAAUUGUUUGAUAGCACGGCUGACUGCUGACGAACUGGGUAAUGCAAUUCUAGAACGCUAAUAGGCCAAUGGACAUGUUUUAUUGUUGUGGAUAUACUGUACGUAAUGGGAAAUUGUUAGCUGAAUACCUAUUUUUUAUUACUUUUAGUUCAUAUUUUAUCAACGGCACCUUAACAUUUAGUUUUUGAUGUACAAAGUUUUUAUAUCCCUUAGAGCUGCAUAUUCUCAAGUGUUAACGUUUCGUUUUUUGUGUCUUAAUAAAUAACACAGUCGUGUACAUCUACAGGGCUUUGUCAACCCACUCCAAGUACAUAUGUAUAUACGUGGUGAUCACUUGCUUAAUCUAAUUAAACAUGUACAUACAGGCAGUCAUCGAUUUACGAACAUCCGACUUACGAACACCCGCACGUACGAACCAGCUUCCAUGAAUAUAUUUUUUUAAACGUUGAAUUAAAACGCGAACUCUGACUUGCAAAUUGAACCGCUGCACUAUUUUGUUCAGCUGAGCGAUCCUCCUCGAGAUGUAAUUGAGUCGCUCGUGCUGGGAGCGAGUGUUUGUGCAUUUAAAUACAGUAGAUUACUGUGUUCUGGCUUACGAACCGUUUUACUUACGAACGGGCCCCACGAACUAAUUUUGUUCGUAAGUAGAUGACUGCUCGUACUGCUUAUUACAAAAGUUAUUGAAUUAAUUUGAAUGAGUCGUCGCAGUUUGCAUUGCAGAAGAUGGCCCAAAAUUUAUACAACGUUUACUGCUUUAGCCAAAGAUGUUAACUGACGUGGGACUAAUUUUACCAAUACAAAAUAACGGACACCAGACUUUUCCGAUUUAAGAGCGUUAUAUUUAUGGGUAAUCAGGUCGUAUUAUUUAAACAAAUUAUGGUCUUAUUUAAGUUGAGACCACCACACUUGCAGGUCUGUAAUGGAACUAAAACUGCCUUAAACCCCAGUGGCUGAACACAUGUUAUCGGAUAAAAUACGCUCCAAUUUGACAUGCAAGGUGGAAACUAGGAGGUGCGAGACAGAUUUAUUUCGGGGUUCCUUAGCUGGUAGUGUGCCAAGUGACUAGAGAAUAUCAUAUGGCGUCUAUUUUUAAUAAUGGAGAGAAACAUGAGUCUGGAAAGCACGGACGUGUUUAGCUUUGCAUCAAUCACGGCAGUUAUUAGAAAGCGUUCUGCAUGCCUCGUUAUGCAAGUUUGCAGAGCCACAGUUAACCAGGCUCAACAUCAUAGGCAGUUAACUUGCAGUCUUGUGUAACGCAUCUGGUUAUUGAGUUUGUGCUGUUAUAUUUUUUUACCAGAACUCUCAGCGCAAUUUGAAGCAAUUAUCAGAACAUAUACGAUCACUGCUUUAUAAGGCAAUUCACGGCCAAUGGUGUAAGCAUUGUAUUCCAAUAGAAAAUGUAGAGUAUAUUGCGUGUUUAAAAUAGGUGCUUACACGAAUGUUAAACAAUGCAAGCAAUGAUAAUGGGCAAUGGCAGGUGAAUGUGGCCCGUGCAGUAGGCAUGUCGGAUUUAGACACCACAAUCCUCCAUGUCGCUCCCACACACGGAGGUGGUGUAGGGCUCCCGCUUCUAUUCCGCCACGUAAUUUAUUUAGAGCUGCUCUUUGUAUGUUAGUGUGUUGUCCUUCCCCCGCACCUCCGAUUGGCACGGUGAGCUACGUACGGUGCGAAAGAAGUUCAACACAGUACACGCAUCUUGCCGUGCGAGUCCACAGUUCCAGGUCCUUUGUGGUUCCUCACUCCUGUGG